AUGGAAAAAAUAAAAGCUAAAGAUAAGCUGGAUGAUGAAAUGAUGCACAAGGAAAAGAUUGCUAGGGAGAGACAUAUGACAUCUAGAAGGAAUGUUUACUCCAUGUUACAGCAAAAGGCAAAGAUCAACUGGCUCAAGUGUGGUGAUGAAAACACUAACGUGUUUUAUCAGGCUAUUAAAGCUAGAAGGCAGCGGCAGCCUGUGCUUGCUGGACUUGUUAAUAAAGGGAAGAGGAUAAAUGAUAGCCAUAUGAGAAUCAUUAAUGCUCCUUUCACAAAAGAUGAUGUUGGAAGAGUGAUAUUUAGCAUUCCAAAUGGAAAGCCCCAGGUGCUGAUGGGUUCAACAACUGUUUUUUACAAGCACAACUGGGAGGUUAUUCGGGAGGAAGUCUCUGAAGCAAUUCUUGAUUUCUUCAAGAUUGGGAAGCUCCUUAAGUUCAUUCAACAAAUGCUUGAGGGUGUAGGGUUUCCUAGUUGGUUUGUACAACAAAUCAUGACAUGUAUAACUACUCCCAAAUUCUCAAUUAUGGUGAAUGAAUCCCCAAGUGGGUUUUUUUGGUGCUCAGAGAGGUCUGAGACAGGGGGGGACCCCAUGUCUCCUCUCUUAUUUUCCCUUGGAAUGGAUUACCUCGAUAGAGUCUUGAGCUUUGUUGGGGAGCAAGUAGAGUUUAUUUUUCAUGUGAAAUGCAAGAACAUAAAGCUUUCCCACUUGUGCUUUGCGGAUGAUCUUCUGCUAUUAUGUAAUGGCGAUUUUAGAUCCAUUUACACUCUACUUCAAGGAUUUCAGAUGUUCUCUAAUGCAUCUGGCCUUGAGGUUAAUAGAGCUAAAUCAGAAGUGUCUUAUGCUGGGAUGACUACUCAUGAAAUCCAAAGGGUAACUGAUGUAAGUGGGUUUCAGUUUGGGACUCUUCCAUUUAGAUACUUGGGGGUCCCAAUCUCAACAACCAAAUUGAAAGCUAGAGACUGUCAAAAGAUGAUUGAGAAGAUGGUAUUCAGAAUUAGAACAUGGUCUACUAGACAUCUCUCAUUUGCAGCAAGAUGUCAGCUAGUGAACAGUGUGCUCAUGAGUAUUAAUGUCUACUAG